AUGGAGAUCCUGGUCGUCGGCGCCGGCCUCUCCGGCUCCCUCGCCGCGUUCUUCCUGCGCGAAGCGCUGCCCGACGCAAAAGUCCACGUGUGGGACGGCGCGCGCGGCGUCGGCGGCCGGCUCGCCACGGCCCGCUUCGGGGACGAUGAGCUGAGGGCCAACAUGGGCGCCCAGGAGCUGCACUACACCGAGGACGGCGGCGCGGGCGAGAUCGCCGCGCGCGCGCUCCUCGAGGCCGGCGUCGCGUCGCGCGAGGGUCCGGGCGUGCUCUUCCCGGCGGGCGACUCGAACGCGGUCUGCCGCCGCCUCGUCGAGGCCGCGGAGCUCCGCUUCGGGACUCGCGUGAAAGAGGUCCGCGCCGCGGACGGCGGCUUCGUCGCGGCGGCCUUUGGCGGCGCGCCGCGGCGCUUCGACGGCGUCGUCUUCGCCGGUUCCGUCGCGGAGCUCGCGACGACGCACGGCUCCAUCGACGCGUUGGUGCGCCCCUUCCGCGGCGACUUGCGCACGGUGCGCUACACGCGCCAGGCCUGCGCGGCGCUGGCCUUCGGCCGGAGCGUGCGCCGCCACUUCGGCGGCGGCGCGCGGACGCUGCGUGGCGCGGGCGCCGUCGAGCGGCUCGUGCUCCAGGAAAACGACGCCGUCGUCGUCGCCGUGUCGACGACGGCCUACGGCGCGUCGAUCACCGGCCUGCGGGCGACGCACCGGCCGACGCCGAAGGACCUCGCGGUGAAGGAGCAGGUCCUCAAGGCGAUGACUGAAGCGGCGGCGACAUCGCUCGGCGGCGAAGCGCCGGUCGCGUCAAAACUGAACUACUGGAAGUUCUCGCGCUGCGUGUGUGGGUUGGACAGGCAGUUCCUCGAGCUGUGCCCGGGCUUCUGCGUCGUCGGCGACUAUUUCGCGGGCGGCUCGACGCUCGGCGGCUGCGCGGCGAGCGCGCGAGCGGCCGUCGCGGCGCUCGCGCGCGCGCUCGCGGUCCCGUCGCCGCCGCCCGCGCCGCGCCGCCGCCGCCGCGUGCUCGUCUGCGGCGCGGGCGCGACGGGCGCGCUCGUGUCGCGCGGCUGCCGCGAGUUCGCCGACGUCGAGGUCUGGGAGGGCGCGCGCGGCUGCGGCGGGCGCAUGUCGACGACGCGCUGGGCGCCCGACGGCGGCGACGAGAUCCGCGCGAACGUCGGCGCGCAGCUGCUCCACGCGGCGUCGCCCGAGGCCGUAUCGUUGUUGAAGGACGCCGGCGCCGCGGGCGAAGGCGGCGUCUUCGAGCCGCCGGCGCUCGGCGCGGCCUCCGUCGUGAAGCGCCUCCUCGGCGGCGUCGCCUGCCGCUUCUCGACGCGCCUCGGCGAGCUCGCGCCGCGGGCCGGCGGCUGGCUCGCGACGCCGCGGGGCGGCGCCGCCGCCGAGGUUUUUGAUGCUGUUGUUUUAGCCAUGCCGCCCUCGGACGCUUUACGCGUCCGCGGCGUCCCCAGACUCGAUUUUCCUCUCAAAUGGCGCUCCUGCUUCGCCCUGUCGCUCUGGUGGGCCGAUUCCACGGCGGCGGCGGCCUUCGCCGACGCGCUCCACGGCCGAUCGUCGCGCGACGUCGCCCGCGCGCGGCGCCAGAAAAACGCGGCGGGCGUCGCCGUCACGAUCCACUCGACGCCCGAGUUCUGGGGGCGGUUCGCUCGCACGAACGCGGGCGGCGGCCGCGGCGGCGGCGCCCAGGCCGGCGGCGGGCGGUCGUCGGGGAAAGGCGUGGCGGGCGGCGGCCGCGAGGCCGUCCAAAGGGCGCUCAGGCUCGCGGCCGAGGCUCUCGCGGGGCCGUGUCCGGCGCCGGAUCACGUCAAGUUGCUCAACUGGCGGACGGGCCAGGUGUGCGAGUGCGACGGGGCGCUCUCCCACGACCUCGGCGGCGGCCUGUUCCUCUGCGGCGACUGGGCCGCCGGCGCGUCGUCGUUCGAGGCGUGCGUCCGCUCCGCGCGCGCGGCCGCGGCGGCCGUUCGCGGGCGCUUCGAGGACGGCGAGGUCGAGCCGCCGAAGCGGAAGAAGCAGCGGCGGAGAAGGGGGCGGAAAGGGGGGCGGGGGACUUAG